AUGAUGGACUUUAUGAAUAGGGCUCAACCCAGUAUGGAGAAGAUCUUUACAAUGAGUCACCUCCGAAGUGACACCCGACAACACUUGAAAAAAGUCUACUCCGCUUUGACUUUGACCCUUCUCGCAGCUGCUGGUGGCUCUAUUCUCGCUCAUAUCGUUCCAAUUCUCGCCAAUGUCUGGAUCAACAUGCUCGGAAGCAUGUACCUCAUCUACAACAUCGCAACGAACAAAACCUCCCAGAAAGACCGUCUCGUGAAGCUGAUGGCCUUUGGUGUUCUCUCCGGCGCGGGUCUCCGACCUCUUCUUGAAUUUUCCACAAGAAUCAACCCUGCUCUCGUUCCAACCGCUUUGAGCCUCACUGCUUCCGUCUUCAUCGCCUUCUCUCUCUGCGCUCUUUUGACCCAACAGCGAAGCAUGCUCUACCUCGGUUCCAUGCUCAGCUCCUGCUUGCUCUCAAUGGCUGUCAUUUCUCUCAUGAACCUCUUUAUCGGAAGCACUGGAGUACAGGAUAUGCUUUUGUACGGCGGAGUUUGCGUCAUGUCCGGCUUCGUUUGCUACGACACUCAGCUCAUCGUCGCCCGAUACGAAGCCGGCGACCGAGACUUCAUCCACCACUCGCUCGAUCUCUUCAUCGACUUCGUCUCCCUCUUCCGAAAGAUCCUCAUCAUCCUCUCAAAGAAAGAAAACGAAAAAGAGCGAAAACGCCGACGAGAUUAA